GCAGCGGGGGAACGGUUUAGCGGGAACACCGGGCCGCUUGGAGGCCGCCGCCGCGAUGCUCCCCUCCUUGCAGGAAUCUCUAGAUGGGGAUGAAAAGGAGCUAGAGAGCAGCGAGGAGGGAGGCUCUGCGGAGGAGCGGAGACUCGAGCCGCCGCCCAGCAGCCACUACUGUCUCUACAGCUACCGCGGAAGCAGAGUGGCACAACAGCGAGGGGACAGUGAUGAUGGAAGCCCAAGCGGCACAAAUGCAGAAACGCCCUCUGGUGAUGAUUUCAGCCUCUCCUUGGUGGACACUAACCUGCCAUCGGAAGUGGAGCCCGAGCUGCACAGCUUCAUUGCUAAGCGUCUUUCUAAGGGAGCAGUAUUUGAAGGACUGGGUAAUGUUACGUCCGUGGAGCUGAGGAUUCUAGAUUACCGGGUCGGCUGUUAUUACUGUCUUUUCCAACAAGAAAAACUGCUUCCCGAAGCAGCAACAGUGGACUCUGAACAUAACGCUUCGGAGUAUGUGGUCUGUUUUUUAGGAGGGUCUGAAAAAGGACUUGAGCUUUUCAGGCUCGAAUUGGACAAAUAUAUUCAAGGGCUGAAAAACAACAUGAGCCGUGAGGAAAGGGGCCUGGAGAACCACAUAAAAUCUUACCUGAGCAGCUGGUUUGAGGAUGUCGUAUGUCCAAUCCAAAGGGUGGUUCUUCUCUUUCAGGAGAAGCUUACCUUUUUGCUACAUGCCGCUCUGAGUUAUACUCCUGUUGAAGUUAAGGAAUCAGAUGAAAAAACAAAGAGAGACAUUAACAGGUUUCUGAGUGUGGCCAGUCUUCAAGGCCUCAUUCACGAAGGCACCAUGACGUCCUUCUGCAUGGCCAUGACCGAGGAGCUGCAUAAAUCUGUGGUCAUCGACUGCAGCGGCCCCGAGCCUCAGUUCUACAAUGCAGGAAGCAACCGGUUUUGUGAGGACUGGAUGCAGGUUUUUUUGAACGGCACCGAAGGAGGUAACCCUUUUCUUUUUCGACAAGUACUGGAGAACUUUAAACUAAAGGCCAUACAAGACACAAAUAAUUUGAAGAGAUUUAUCCGACAGGCAGAAAUGAAUCAUUAUGCUUUGUUUAAAUGUUACAUGUUCCUAAAGAACUGUGGUAGUGGAGACAUCCUUUUGAAGAUUGUUAAAGUGGAACAUGAAGAAAUGCCUGAAGCCAAAAACGUGGUGGCUGUCCUUGAAGAAUUUAUGAAAGAAGCUCUUGCCCAAAGGUUCUGAUCACAUGUUUUAAGAUAAUUGUAUUAUGAAGUUGUACAUUCAAGCCUUGGUGUUGACACUGCGGUCGUUCUGUCAUAGGAUUGCUACUUAAGACUAAUUCAAACACAUUCUAGAUCUCUUUAUUUUGUACUUUUAAAAAUUUAACUUACUUAGACCUAAAAAUCCGAGGACCAUUUUCACUGAGUCUUAGAACGUGUGUUAGAGUCGUGGAAUUUUAGUACUGCUCAAUUCUAGACCCCAUAAAUUCUAGACUUCAGGGGGUUGAUGCUCAGAAAUCUUGAAAGGUAAUUUUGUGGCUUCUCUGAGGAGUUGGCUGCAGUGUUUAGCAAUUUUUCUCCCAGAAAAAUUGUAAUACUCCUUUCUCAAUGUACUAUAGCUUCUUUAAAAAAAGAUGUCCUCCUAGUCUCAGGACGGGUUAGCGCCGUGACCCCAUUUCAGAGACAGAUCUGUGCAUCCCGUGGGUGCUUGGAUCGAUUUUUUUCUGUCUGAUUAUGGCAUGGAUGACAAAGCCAGCUUUUAAGUCAAUACCCAAAUCAUGAGUGUGUAAGAAAUUAAAUGAGCUUUAAAAAUAGAUGCACUAGCUUCAAGACAAAACAUCAUCUCUGACAGAAAGCUACUGCAGGAGUGGCCCCCAGCCCCUUUCUUCAUUCAUUUGUUCAUAGGUAUUUGUCAAGAGCCCGUAUUUUCUUUUCUCUUUUUCUAUUGAAAAUGCUGGAGUUUUUAAACCAAGUGUUAAAAGAGAAACAAAGUACAUAAAUUCUACAAGCAAACUGUAACAUAAAGAAUGCAAACAGAUUGUUCAUAUCGGAGUUACUCAUUGAUUUCAGUUUUUCGUGUAUUUGUUACAAGCCUCAUAUUGUUCUACAUGGAAUCAAUGGAACGUGUCCUCCCGUGGAAGCCAGUCGUAGCUACACACGGGAUGCAGUUUGUUCUGCAAAGCUCUUUAAUAAAUCCAUUUGAUAACGAUUUCUGUUUAGAAGAUCGGAAGUCUUCUUCUCACUCCCCUCAGGACGCUCAGAGGAACACAAGCCCGUAAAAACCCUCUCCUAAACUCAUACGUCCGUGCUGAGUUUUAACUUUUAAAAUGACUGACAAUGGCUUGAUGCUUUCUCGUCUACAGAAGUCUGGGGACAUGACUCACCAAGCCAUUUCUCUUCCUUUAAUGAGAAAUACAAUUCAGGAUCUUCAUAAAGGCUCUCAUAUGGUUUUAAAUUUUAAUAACUUGGAUUGUAGGCAGUGUAGAAAACAAAAUCCAAAUAGCAUUUUUUAUAGCAUUAAAUUCAGAAUGACUAUGGGAAAUAAGCAAUUCGAAGGCACUACCCUUGAAUCUGACUUUUUCUAAUGUACUUGGUUGCUCAUUGAGAAAUCAGUUUUUUUAAUGGACAACAUUAGGACAUCAACAUUUGGAGUCUAAAGAACAUAUUUUUCAUUUUCAAAUUCACAUAUCAUUCAACAGUCCAUGAUGUAAAUGGCAUUUAAAAGUGAAUGUGUUAAUGUGUUACCUGCUUCAAGCCAUUUAUGGAUAUAGUCAAGGUGUAAUUAGAUAUUCCUUACAUGUACUUUUAUAUAUAUAUUUUGUGAUGCAGGCUCACUACAGUACACAGUCGUGUACCAUACAGUCCUAUUUUACAAAUCCGUGGCAAACUAUCACUAUCGUAGGCAAGGAAAAUGGUGACAUAGAAUUGAGUGUCUUGUUGGCCAUGAGGAGAAACCCACAGAGCUCAUGACCAGAAAAUGUACUGUAUUCAAAUUUUAAUAAGCUAAUGUAUUAACUUUUAAAGUUUUAAAAAGGAUUUGUUCAAGUGUGGAAUCCACUUAUGUAUUACUUGUGUGCUCAACAUACAGAGGAAAUAUGUUUGUCAUGUAUCAAAAAUGGCCUCAUUUUAAUUGUAAUUAUAUUUGUAAUAAUAAUAAACCAAUUUAGCUUCUCAA